CUCAAUGAACAAUGAAGAACUGGUAAGCUGAUCAUUUUGUCUUGUCUUUGGCAUCCAAGUUUUUUCUUUGAUUUUCAAUGACGUCAGAUCGGAAACGCCUUCACCAUGUUGUUUGCUGGGCAUGGUAUGCACAUCUAAAGCCCUGGAUACGUCUAACUGGAGAGACCGCAGAGACCACCGCAAAGUCCCUAGCUGCAACUAUGGGACUUCUGGCCGUUCACGAUGAAAUACAGGAAGAGGUUUAUCAACAAAUCGUGUCUGUUCUGUCUGGCCAAGACCCUAAAUUUGAGGACUACACGAAACUGGAGAAAGUUUUGGCCGUCUUCUAUGAAGAUAUUCGAAUGUUCCCUGCGGGACAUGUUUUGAUUCGUGAGGCUGCGAAAGACACCGUUAUCGACGUGCCUAAACCCGUUGGCCAAGAAUGUACAAUUCCUAUCCCGAUACCAAAGGGGUUUCAGAUUGUGGUUGAUAUGGUUGGCGUCCUCCUCGGUACUUUGAAGAACCUGAAAAGUACAAGCCAUCGAGGUGAUAUGUAACGAAUCGGACUCAUUUACUGCCUUUAGCACCGGUCCUCGAGCUUGUAUCGGGAGGAGGUUCGCUACGACUGGAGCUGUGUGUUUCUUGACUCUCCUCCUUCGAGACUGGAUGGUCAAACCCCUGCUCAGGGAAGGAGGCGUGGGCAAGUAGAGUAUUGGAUGCUUCGAUUGUCAUAACUCUAGGCGUCCAGGAUGUACCCCUGACUUUCUCCCGAAGACGCGACGUGGGGUCUUGAUAUGUCUUUAUCGACUAUCUGCUACUGCUAUACCAUAAUACUAUGACAAGGUGCAUCCGAGCUCCACGUGCCUUUUAGUAUUGCUGUCUCCCAUCGCAUAUAUUUUUUCUUCACUCAUGAUCAUACUAUUUCCAGCAUCCCAUAGAAAUAUCGCGCAGUUG